AUGAUCGACCACGCCAUCUUUGAGAACCUGCAAACGAAGAUUGAUGAGGAGGCCGCUGUUCGUGAUGAGCUCCAUGAGAUUGUCCAGACGCUUGCCAGAAAAGGGAGAUCCACACAGGCGAUUCUCUCUAGAGCUCAUUCUACGCCUUCCGACCAGUUGAAGCCCGUCCUCGAUGAUGCGACCAGGGAGAUUGUUGCGCAGAAGCAGGAAGUCUCUCGCCUGAAGGCUGUCGCGGACAAGCACCCAUUCUACAAAUACAAUGGGCUGUGGACUCGAGAGUUGCAGACUCUUGUAUCUUCAAUCGAGCUAUGCGCGUAUCUGGGUGGAUUCGAGCAGUUCAAGAGCGCAAGCUCGGCUUCAUUCCUGACUAUUGAAGAAGUCGGAAAAUUCCUGGACAUUCCCGUCAACCUCAAAGAGCAGGAUGCUUUCCAUCUCACCAUUGAGGAAUACCUCCUUGCGCUGAUUGCCAUGGUUGAAGAAUUGUCCCGUCUCGCAGUCAACUCGGUCACUCUCGGAGACUACGCGCGUCCUGUCCAGAUUGGCAACUUUAUCAAGGACUUGUUUGCUGGAUUCCAGCUGCUGAAUUUGAAGAACGACAUUCUGCGGAAGAGGAGCGAUGGGAUUAAGUACAGCGUCAAGAAAGUCGAGGACGUUGUCUACGAUUUGUCUUUGCGGAAUUUGAUUCCCAAGUGA